AUCUGCCUAGAACAAACUGCCCACGCCUGCGAUAUAGCGAACUUGGAUCGAAAUCACUACCCUUCUACACCGUACAUACUUCCAGAUCUCUAACAUGGCGAAUACAAGGAAUUAUGACUUCUUGAUCAAACUGCUACUCAUCGGUGAUUCAGGUGUUGGUAAAUCAUGCUGUUUGCUUCGGUUCAGCGAGGAUAGUUUCACGCCUUCCUUCAUUACCACUAUCGGUAUCGAUUUCAAGAUCCGAACGAUCGAAUUAGACGGCAAACGAGUCAAGCUUCAAAUUUGGGAUACUGCAGGUCAAGAGCGCUUCCGUACUAUCACAACCGCAUACUACAGAGGUGCUAUGGGCAUCCUUUUGGUGUAUGAUGUUACCGAUGAGAGGAGUUUCAAUACAUGCGUCCUUACCGCUGCGCAUUCGCCGUAUAUGUUCAGUAGUAAAAGGAUGCGGGCUGACGUGGACCUUAAAGACAUCAGAACUUGGUUCUCAAACGUGGAGCAGCACGCCUCCGAAGGCGUUAACAAGAUCCUCAUCGGCAACAAGUGCGACUGGGAAGAGAAGCGCGUCAUCUCGACGGAGCAAGGCCAAGCGCUCGCAGACGAACUCGGCAUUCCAUUCCUAGAAGUCUCGGCUAAGAGCAAUAUCAACGUCGACAAAGCUUUCUACAGCCUCGCCGCAGACAUCAAGAAGCGUAUCAUCGACACACAGAGAACCGAGCCACAACAGGGCUCAAAUGUACCCAUCGGUGACUCAGGAUCGGGCGGAAACCUGGGCGGAAAGUGUUGUUGAUUGCAGAGACGGCGAGCAGAUGGGGAGCAUGAGGACACGAACAUGGGUAUCGACCGCACGAGACGUCACCGCACACGCUCCAAUAUUCACGUAGAAUUAGCGUGCUCGAUACUACGAU